GUUUAAGGCAGCCGAUACCACUAUCUCGUGACCUUUAUCAACUUCCGCGUUGUUUGAAAAUAUAUUUCUCCCUUCUUGUUAUUCGGGAAUGUCGCAUAAACAAUGGCUAGAAAAUAAAAGGUAUCACUAUCCAAGCGGAUAACCCUGAGCACUGAUUUUGGUUGCUAAUUCCAAUGAAACGUAAAACAGCAAACGCCAACGACAAGAGUCCCCCAAAACUCAUAAAGAUAUGCAGCAUACCUGAAAUGCAAACUGUUGGUGAUGCUUUGGAAUACCUAUUUGGUCUGUAUCCUCCAAUGAACUUUAAAAAUCUUGGUCGUCCUAUUAUCUUGAAAUCCCAGUUGUACGCACUAGUUAAAAAUAAAAACAAGAUAGAGUCGCAACUGCUAGAAAUGCAAAAUUCUCAAAAGAUACGUUUACUUAAAAUACAUGAUGAAAUAGACGACUCUGUUGGCAUAAUGAAGUCUGAUGAUUUUGUUAGUUCCUUCACGGAACUAUCUUGUCCUGUCGGUGAUGUGGAACUUUUAGAGAAAUUUUCUGAUUUCUGUAGUAAGAAGUAUCAUCAUCUAAGUAUAUGUAAGCCUGUUGCAUUAGAAAAUUUUUCUGAUGGUGAAAUAAGCACUCUGAUUCACUAUGGUGCUUUGACGAUUAAAUCUGAAAGCAGUUGGUAUAUUUCUGCUCCUCACCUUGGUCGUUUUCUUCGAGCAUACAAAGCCGGUCAACGAGGUUUGUUAACAAUGAUCAAAAGGACCAAAUUCAAAGAAAUAUUAUUAUCCGUGUUCGCUGUGUGAGCCAUCCCUCGUUCUGCCUCUUCUUGUUGCUUAAGAUUUUCCUAUUGCGGUUGUAUUCAACUGAGUCACGUGAAUUGAAGUUAUGAUGACCUCUGCAGUCACUGGUAGAACCCAUUUCAAAAAUAACGAAAACAUCCGAUCUUACGGCUCAUGAAAGAACUGUUUAGCAAUCCUUGUGAUUUUAUAAGCAACUUGUUACCUUUUUCGAGUUAGCUGUAUAAUCCCGAAAACAGUCGUCAGUGCGUACUAACUAAAAACAAACGAUGUACAUUUGCCUACUCAGAACACUUGCUAACAUACCUAUUGACUGAAAAUUGAACAACGACGUAGCUGAAAUAUUCAAUCGAAAUCUUGGCAAAGAUUCUUACCUGGGUCAUAUGUAUCACAUACUAGCUCAUUUAGGUGCUGGAACUUUAAAUUCGAUUCACACCAGUUCUGGUCUGCUUAUAAGAUUAUAAUGCUCAAAUAUCAAUCAACGGGGUGAAUACAAGUUGUACAGCUUAUUCGAUUUCCACUUUUAUUGAAGACACAUUGAUAUUUCUUACGCUGUUACCUUACGUAAAUCAAUGUAUUUGUCAAAUAUUCAAUUCAAGUAGAAGUAUUAAAUACGUUUUAUACUGUCUAAAAUUGUAUUCUCAUUUUC